UGAGGAGAGUAAAGCUUUGGUGAUGCCGACGUCAGAUAUGAUAUUGUUGAGUAGUGAUACCAAGGUACCAGGUACUAAACCUUUUAAAAUGUCAAUGAAGUCUAUGUCAUGUGUAUUUGGAGUGUGA